AUGGAUAUAUUUCAAAACCAAUGUAGCGAAAGCUUAGGCUUUGAUUCUAUGCUUUCAGCGAAUCAUCUAAACUCACCGCUGCACGAUUCGCCGGGUUCGCCCAAUCCGCUCAACUACGCACCCUCGUCGCCCUAUUUUGCGUCAAUCUCGCAGCAGUUGAACGGCGGCCACACGAGCGGACCGAAUGAUGUAAUUCUGCCGAGCAUAUUCGUGAAGAUUCCCACCCAAAUUAACCAGCAGUACCAGCAGGAGAAUCGCUUACGUUCCCACCACGGCACAUCGAACGAAAUCAAGAGCGAAGAACGAUCGGAACCGAUCAAGAGCGAAAUAGCAGACACGCGGGUAAAGCUAGCCAGCAUAAACAGCACCGAACGGUUGCCGGAUGUGAUCGAUAGCUAUCUGAACGACACGGCGCUAGACGGGGGAACACAACCACAGGAAACACCGAUACUACUGUGCCAAUGUUGUCCCUUUGCGACUCUCUCGGAGACGCGUCUGAACGACCAUCGACGAGAGCGUCAUCCGGCGCGUGUAACAACACCAUCGGACAAACUUGCCUGCCCGGUGUGUGAGAACAAAUUCUACAAGACACCCGUGCUAAAGCUUCAUCUUUCGGAGGAUCAUGAAAUGUUACCGAGCGAAGUGGAAGCGCUUUGCAAUCGUGCAGCAACAAACCCGGAACAACCGCCCAGUAUGAUCGACAGACAGUGUGAAAUUCCCACCGCAAGGAAUGAAACAAAUACGGCCGCUACGCAAAUGCCUCCGACAUCGGUUGCACCUGCAGCACACAACAAAAGCCGAAUCUACAUCAAGAACGUACAGUUGCUUAAAAAGCCAGACGUGAUCGCUCAAGAAACGCGACAAGAAAACGUUUCACAGGGUCAGCAGUUGCUUUCGACCGAACAGGAACCGUCGGCUGUGGCGCACGGUACGCUGCAGGACACUCAUCAGCUUUCCCUCGGGGACGAUAUUUUACAGCAUGAUCAAUUGCUAGAUUUGCCACACACUUCCACCGCCCAGCUGCAACCAUCGGCCGGCAGUGGGAAUAAAAUAUUUAUUCGUAAUGUGUCGCUGCUGCAAAAUGUGAACUUUGUUCCAUCGGCCGAAAACAUCCUUACGAACGGUAGCAAGUACAAUGCGCCGUCCUACAUGAGCAUGGAUUGUGCGAACGAUGCGUCAUCCUCUAUGAUGGAUCCACUGAACAAUGGUUACAGUUUGGCACAGGUUGCGCCCUCGAGCAACCAGUCCCGGGGUAGUCGCAUUUAUAUAAAAAAUGUUGAUAUACUUCGAAACCCACUGAUAUCGUCACUUAACGAACCGGUACCAAGCUCGAAUGCCUCUACACUAGCUACGUCCUUUAACGAAUCGAUCACAAGCAGGGCCAGUAGCUGCGAGAGCAUUAUCUGUACCUCAACUCCACCGGCAUCCAUGGAACAGGCGGUUGUGGCCGAAUCAUCGCUGUCCACUUCCAAUGCCAGCCUGUCCCAGUUGGUGCCCACAGCGUGCGAUCAAUCGCUGCUAAAUGGAACCGAAGUAAGCUACACGAUUGGGCCGACGCUGGAAAAUGGCACCAGAACGCUGCCCCUAACCGUGGAUCAGGGCUCGCAAAAUUUGCUGAUGCUGUUUUCAACCUCGUUGGACGGUGGUACUGGAGUCGAUGAGUCCAACGUUUCCUACCUGACCGAUAGCACCGGCGCCAAUGGUGUCACUAAUGCGCUGAUGGGAACAACGGAGUACGCGGAUGCGCAUCUGACUACACCGGCGGCCAUCGCAUGUGACGCGCCACAGCAGCAACCACAGCAGAGAAAAAGUAAAAUAUUUAUCAAAAACAUAAGCGUACUGAAACAACCGACGAUACACCUGAAAUCGGUUGACGAGGUGAAUUUAAUGACGUACGAUGAGUUGCAGCUGCAAAAUAUGCUACCAUCCGUUGGAGUGUCCCAAGGGCCAAUCGGUGGUAGUAGCAUCACCUCAACGGCUUUAGUCCAAGAGCAGGAGGGACAUCACGGUGAGUCUCAUGGCGAGCUUAUGGAUAGUACGGACCGGAUGGAUAAACCUUUUGAUGAAAUAAUUGAGCUGGACUGUCAAAGCCAUCCUGCACAGGAUGACGCUAUGGAUGGCUAUCACGAGUCAGAUCUGAGCUAUGGAGAACUUGGCGAAGUGUGUGACUUUACCGAAGGUUUCAACGAUCGCGAUGAUCCCGGUGGAGGGCUAGUGGUGGACACUGGCGUAUCUCCAGCGGGUAACGAAAGCACCGCCAACGGGAUUAUCGGAGACUCGUCGCAUUGUGAGACAAUUCCCACCGGCUAUACCAACGACAUCAUUCUGCUGCAGGAAGAGUCGGAUACGAAUAGGAAAAUAACACCAAACCACGAAUGGGCAUCGAUCGGGACCGGUGAACCGUGUCUGGUGCAAGACAUUUUGCCGGAACCACUGGACGGUUCGGCAAUGGCCGAUGAGACGGAUGCUGCUGCUAUUUGUCCACGAAGGGAGGAAGAUUUGCUUUUUACAACUGCCACCGAAGCGCAAGUGAUCAAUCUUGAUCCUCCCGGCGAGUUUCAAUCGGAGGGCGAUAGUGAAACAUUUGCAGCGCAUGUUGUAGAUCAACCGUUGCCUGAUCAGCAGGUGAUCGUUUCGGAUAGUUUAACGCCUUCAGAGGAGGAACCGGCGGCUCCGAUCACGGCACGAGAGUCCGACCGUCCUCGCGCACGCGGUCGUCCAAAGGGCGCAAAACAGACGGGUAUAACGAAGCUGAAGAAACUCUACUCCAAUCUUACGGCCGAAGAGGAGGGCCACAAGUGUGAUCUACUGGAAUGUGGGGCACGCUUUCGCCAGGCGGAUCGUCUUGAGUACCACCGGAAGUGUCACAUACCGGGCGAUAGUGCCAGCACUAUCCGUUGUCCGGAGUGUGGUUCGCUCGAGUUUCGCAACUGGAACACGCUGCACACGCAUCUGUGGCGGGAGCAUGAAAUUGAUAUGGAACUGUAUGCGUGUCACUUGUGUAGCUUCAAAACGCCGGUGCUCUGUCGAUUAAACAAUACGCACAUGAAGAUUCAUUCGGAGGAGCGUAACUUCAAGUGUGCGAUCUGUGGGAAAGCGUUCAAGAACAAUAAGCAGCUGCGCAACCAUAGGCGAUGGCAUCGAGAACCUCAACAACAGGAUGUCCCGCUACCGGUAGACGAGCCGCCGAAACAACCGGAACAACCGGUAGAUACGCCUGUACAGGCAGACCCUUCGGAUGAACCUCCCGAAAGGCAGAAAGCGUCGAAAGCAUCCCAGCUAACGAUGAAAUGUGUCAAAUGUGGUUUACGGUUCGCCGGCAAACGACAAUUGCGUGCGCAUAUGGACGCAAAACAUCCGACCGAUGCGGAUGAACAGACAGCGGAAUGUAGCACCAGCAAGCAUCGGUGCCUGCUGUGCGGUAUGGUGUUCCGGACGCGCUACCUGCUCCAGGCACACUCGGCGAAACAUUCGGACGAGAAGCGCUUCAAGUGUGAACACUGCGAGUACACGACGAACGAUCACAAUGCCUUCCGGAGACACAAGAUGCGCCACAGCACGAAGGGUGGCCAUAUGUACAAGUGUAGCUACUGUGAUUACAGCAGCAUCCAGAGCACCACCUACAGGAAGCAUCUGGAGCGGAUGCAUGCGGAAGUUGCCUCGGCACUGUUGUACAAAUGUUCCAAAUGCCCGUUUGUGUCGAUCAGCGAGACAAAGUAUCAGCUGCACCGGACGAAACACGAAGCGGAUGGUACGGAUGAUCGGCAACAAGAGCAACCGAAAGCGAUCGAACCGGAUCGUACGGUGGAGGAGUGUGACGUUGACCAGCAGCAAAGGCAAUGUGAGAGCGUUAACUCGGAUGUUGUAAUUGUGGAGCAGCACCGUGAACCUGGCGUUAUCGAAACACCCCUGAUGGACGUGGAAUCGACAGGUAGUCUACAGAUCAUUCAACAUCCCAUCAUUAGGCCUGCAAUGUUUGCGAACAAUUUCUCCAAGGUCGAUAACUUUUACGGUUAUCAGCCACAGCAGCAACAUGAUCAGUCGAUGAUCGUGAAGCUUACUGGUGCAACGCCUCUCCGUGGCAUGUGUCCACUGCAGGUGUCGACCGGUAAUGUGGUCGGCACAGUACCGUCAGCAACCAUUGUUGCUCCAGUGCAUCAGUUACCUGAGCAGCAGCAGCAGCAGCAACAUCAGUAUGUCCAUCUCGGUAGUGUAGCAGACGAUGUUAUUAUGAGGGAACUUAACUGA